UAGACAAUCUAUACCGUAUACUAGUCUCCGCAAAACCGCAUUGAAAAGUUCGCAUUUUGUAUUGCUUUUUUACAUUAUGUUAAAGAGAAUUAUAUUUCUUGACUUUUUUGUAUAAGAGCGAUGUCAAUCAAAUUACAAAUAAAUAUUCCCAUUCAUUACCUUUGACCUGUAGUUACCAUGUGAUCUACAAAACAGUGAUGACCUCUCUUGCUAGCUAGCGGUAGCUAACCAGCGGAACUUAUGCUAAAUUUUCCCAAUUGUAGACAACAUUUCAUACAAUGGAUCAGACUAAACAAGAGGAGGAAUAUGGAUACGACUUAUUCCCGGAGAGGAAUACGGGAAAGUACAAGAAGGGAUCAAUCGGGGAGAGUCUGUUUACUUUCAACCACAAGUGUCAGGUCAUGUUACAGUUCGCAAUGGAAACUAGUCCAUAUGCCAAACUCCUCCUCAGUGCCAUGAAAAGUUCAGGAUGUAAUUUAAACUUGAACAGACAAAUGAAAAAGCAACAAGAUCACUACUUUACUUUCUCCUCUCAACACAGCAAAGUGUUGAAAGAGCGACAUUUCUCCUGUGAAGAUUGUGACGGGACGGUAAGCGGUGGCUUUGACGCAGCUUCUUCUCAAAUCGUUUUGUGUCAGAACAACAUCCACCAGCAGUCCCAUAUGACACGAGUGGUCACACAUGAGCUAAUUCAUUCCUUUGACCACUGUCGGGCCCACGUGGACUGGUUCAACAACUUCAGACAUCUGGCUUGUUCUGAGAUUCGGGCAGCUAACCUCAGUGGAGACUGCACCUUUAGCAAUGAAGUCGCCAGAUUUAACUUCGGCUUGAAGCAGCAUCAUCAGGAAUGUGUCAGAGGCCGUGCCCUUCGCUCCAUCCUGGCUGUAAGGAACAUCAGCCGAAAGGAGGCAGAGAAAAUAGUGGAUGAAGUCUUCGACACGUGUUUCAACGACCACGCACCAUUUGGACGAAUCCCACACAGCAAGAAGGAUGCUGGGUUUGCCAACAGAGAUUAUGAGAACAGAGAUCGAUAUUAUGCAAACCUUUAGUGUUGUCACCUUCUCAUUUAACUAAGUGUGACUGGCAGUGGCGCUGACAAGAGCUUGGCAGCGUCAGGGCUGUGGUCAGCAUAAAACCCUCAACAGAAUGACAGUGUGUCGAAAAGGAUCAUAUCCCUUCAGAAGGGAUUUUCAGAGAAUGAUUUGUCCUUGGAACAGGAAAGCAAAGGAAGGACCUACAGUACAUUUCAUUUUCUACCUUUUGGACACUAAUUCGGUAUAAAGGGAUUGUAAGGAGUGAUUUUGCUCUUGAAGUAAAGUAUUAGUUGAGGCCCCAGUGAUUUAUUUGUAAUUUGUUUUUAGGUGAUCUAUGGGUGCUUUUAAGGAAAUACAGGAUUUCCUUUGACUGUCCUUUUGUUGCCAUAUUGACCUUCACUAAUUUCUUGUAAAUAGAGCUGAUUGUGCUUAAAUUAAACAGAAUCAACUUGUGUAUGAAUUAAAGUUUGAUUCCUCUGAAA